AUGGCCGAGCACAACAAGCACAGACCGGCACACGGACACGUUCUUUUCUUUUUUUUUCCUUUUUAUUUUUCCUUGUUUUUGUUGUCUCACUUUUUAUAUAAUGCGCGUCCUCCACGCCAGCCAAAAAUCUUCCCCUUCCUUCCCUUCUCUUCACAAAAAUUUUCUUCUUCUUCGUCCUUUUACUCUCUUCCCUAUAAAUAUAUUUACUAACCCCCCCCCCUUUAAAAACAAUUUACAAAACACACUCUGCUUCCGACUGUC